AUGUUUAAGCCAAAAGAUGAACGUGCGCCCAGUUACAAGUGCUGUGGAGGAGCCGUACGGCAUCGACGUGAGUGUGUAUGUGUGUGUAUGCUGCUCAGUGGGAUGUCCUCAAAUCUACCCAAAGUGCUGAUACUGGGGGCCAUCGCAGCGGCCUCUGCCUUUGUGGUCACCAUCCUUAUCGUAUUGGUGUGUGUGGGGUGUCAAAGAAAAAGCAAAAGCAAGUAUGGCCACUCGAACGGAGGGGGUCAGAAAGCCGAAACAGCUUCUCUGCGCCAGUCCAAGCUGAAGUCCAUGAGCAAAUCUGACACCCGCCUGCAUGACAUGCACCGGCUGUCCUGCAAUGCUAAUGGCACUCCCAGAAGUCGUCCAGCCAGCAUGGACCUCUUGCUCCUGCACACCCGCCGCUCCAAUUCUGACCUCCGACCCGCGGGCUCCGGUCACCAGCAGCCUAGCACGGCCAACGGCUCUCAGAGCGAACGUGAGCACACCUACUCUGAAGUCGGUCGCCGAUCCUCUCUGACGACCCACCCCGCAGACGACGGGUUGUACGAGAGCGUCGGGAUAAAGGGCACGGGAUCUGAUGCUGGUGCACCACCCUCCAUCCCUCCCCAGACAUCGUCCAACGCGCCCACCCAAUGCUCCUCCCACAGUCCGACGGUCAACGGUAACGGGCGAGGGAGAAGAGGCGCGAGCGGCACGAAUCCAGAGGUGACGGCAGAGUACGCCUCCAUACGGAAGGUGAAGAAGCUGGAGCGCAGCAGGAGAGAGGAAGUGCUGGAUGAUGGAGAGAGAGAGCAGCAUAGCGUUUCCAGUACGGAGUCAUCCAGUGGGACGCUGCACCGGAAAACAAUGGAACCAUUUCAUCUGUCCAAUUUCCCAAAGGAGGCAGUCUUCAUGGGCAACGGCGAGCAGUACAUUUGGAAACCACCAGAAGAAGAUGAAAUCGUCGUGCCAGGAGUUCCUCCUCUGGAGAACGGCCACAGUCAUCCCACUGCCGUGGAGAUCUCUGACAUGUACUCCACUGUUUGUAAGACCCUAAAGAAGAGACAUCAGCAGGGUCAGAGCCAAGAGGAUAGCAAGCCGACGGGCUCUGCUCUGUCCCAAGAGGUGGAACAGGGCUCCGAGGGGUGGCCUGCCGGCGGUGCCUCAGGGGAAGAGACGUGGGGGAGGAGUUGCACCCAGGAGGAGCCUUGCUAUGAACCGGUGGGCGAGAAGACGUGGCCGCGGGGCAUGGCACUAGAUUCGGACCCAGCAUAUGCCACCAUCGAUUCCCACCGUAAACGAGAGAAGAUGGCCAGCAACACACUCAAGCUUAAAAAGAAGGCCGGGGGUCCGGCACAGGGUCCGGGGAGAGCCAUGACCUGCGAGAACUUUUAUGAGAAUAUCAGUGACUUGAAGCAAGGUGCGAACGUGGCCAGCACCACCACUAUCUUUACCUUUAAUGACGGCAUGGAAAUGUACGUUACGGGUCUAUAAAAACUCUGAAAUGGAGGGAACAAGAACAAAAUGCAGCCCUUUUGGUCUGUCACAUGAAAACAUACCAACAGCGUACAGCUGCCAAAAAUGCACGUCAACGUAUAUAGUUUUUUAAAACCAGAUGUAAAUUUAUUGUUACCUUAGGAGAGGACAAUCAGUUGCAAACACUCACAUUGGAUAAAACACUGAAUUGGUUGCGCAAUUUAUAGAGAACAGGUGUGCUCACAAAACCCAGGGAUCUAAACUGGUUUUACGCCAUGCUGCCGUCCCUAAUUUUAGAGCUGGUUUACAGCAGGGUCACAAUGAACAAGACUGAAAGAAUGAAUUCACUAGAGCACAGGGGAGUAACUAGUUAAUAGUUAUGAUAUUCUGAUCAUAUGAAAUCAGGAUUAACACGCUCUCUCCCCAUCUUGUCAACCAAUCGGCACCACCGCUGUGUGAGCACAUAAACACAGGGAUCACAUGAGACAUCAGCUUAACUCCUCUCUGCUCUGCAAACACACCUGACUGGUUCUCUUAAAGGGAUAGUUCACCCAAAAAUUAUAAUUUUGUCAUCAUUUACUCACCCUCACCAUUUUCUAAACCUCUUUGAAUUUCUUUAUUAUGUUGAACACAAAAGAUAUUUUGUCAGCUGUGUGCUUACCAUAAUUUAUUAAAAUAUCUUCUUUUGUGUUUAAAGAGCACCUAUUGUCCGAUUCACGGUUUUACAUUUCCUAAGUGUGUAUAAGUACAUGUUAGCGAUAUGCAAAAGUUACAAACCUCAAAGUAAACGAUGACGCGAGUUAUCGUCUCCAACGUAAAUCUCUUUUCUUGGACUACAACAAACACACGGAUUGUAGGCAACAGUUUACUUCCUGGGAUUGGUGAUGUAGACAAGACCGACAUUAUCAUAAUUCCUCCCGCUUCGGACUCACAGCCUGUAAGUUAACUUCUGUCAGAAUUGCAUUGUGCGCAAAUCUUUCAAACAUGGUAAGGAGCGUCACAUUUCCGGCUGACGUCAGAGGUAUUCAGAGCAAUCACAACAUACAGAUUAGCUGGCCAAUCAGGGACACAGCGCUUUUCAAAUCCAUGCGUUUCAGGAAGAGAGUGAAAUCUGGAGCUACAAAAAUGUACGGUAUGUGGAAAAUAAUGUGUUUUUAAACCACACAAAGACAUUGUAUUAUACCAAAUACACAAAAUAAAAAUUUUUAGCAAUGAAAUAGGUGCUCUUUAACAGAAUAAAAACUCAUUCAGGUGAUGAUGAGUAAAUUAUGACAAAAUUAUCAUUAUUAGGUGAACUAUCCCUUUAACCUAAGAUUUAGCUGAAACAACAGAAUACUGGGUUUACUUCCGAACCCCCACACCCUUACACGCACAUCUGAACCUUUAUAUGUUCGCUGUGACAGCUUAGGUGGUGUAGAUACACUUUGUGUGAUCAUUUUCUGUACGUAAAUAACCUUGAGGUAUGCCCAAUUUUUUUUCGCUUUUUCUGCACUGAUCGUGUGAAAAAUUGUGGAGUUUUUUUAAAGGUUUUUUAAGGGAUAGUUCACCCAUAAAUAAAAAUAAUGUACUCAUUUACGUACCCAUAUGUUGUUUUAAAAUACAAAAGAAGAUAUUUUGAUAAAUACAUAGUUCAUGGCACCCAUUCACUUCCAUAGUAGGAAAAAAAUAUUUUUUAUGUUAAACAGAAUAAAUACAGGACAGCAUGAGUAAAUGAUGACAGAAUAUUCAUUUUUGGGUGAACUAUGCCUUUAACAUAAUGACUCUUACUUAGUAUUUUUGUCUUGUUUUCAGUAAAGAUAUGAAAAAGUUCUUAAAUUAAGAAAAUAAGUCUAGUUUUUAGACAAAAAUAUAAAAUUUAAGCGAAUUUGUGCUUAAAACAAGCAAAAAAAUUCGAAAGUUUCACAUGAGCACAUGAAACUAAACUUUAUGGGGCGGUUUCCCGGACAGGGAUUAGACUAGUCCUAGACUAAAAUAAAUGUAAGAGCUGUCCAAACUGAAAACAACUUGCACUGACAUAUCUUAAAAUACAUCAGUGCCCUUUGUUUUAGUAAGGCAUGUUUGUUAAAACUUAUAUUUCCUCAUUAAACUAAGGCCUAGUCCUGGUUUAAGCUAAUCCCUGUCCAGGAAACCACCCCUAGAUUUUUUUACUCCAAUGUCACCUUAGGGGCUCGGUGUUUUCUUGAUGAGCAAAAUGA